AGUUGUUAUUAUCUAGUUAUUGCACAUGGAAGAAAUCGUCCAACAUGAUAACCAAGCAGCAAUUAAACUUCGCGAUGAUUUCGUAGACACCAUGAGCAAUUUGUGCCAAGAUACAACUAUCUUUUUGAGUAAAUUAAAAGCUGUUAUAGCAGAAUGCCAUAAUGGAUAUCUUCCUCACCUGAUUAGAACAGAAAAUUCGUUCACCUUUAUCAAGUACCACAUUGAGGAAAUUAUCAGACAUGCCAUGGAAUGUGGCAUCGAGAAAUUGGAAAAUACGGUUACAGAUGUCAGGGGUAGCUGGCAGGUUUAUUUGAAACUUAUCUAUUACUUCAUUAAAGAAACCGAGGUACUGCUUAGAUUGCUGUCUAAGAUAUCAAAGUCCAAAAGUGCGGUGAACAAGGUUGUGUUUAAGAUGAAUCAAGCAAAAUUGGCGCCAAUGAUUGAAGAACUAAAUUCGGAAUUAGAGUUAAUUUCUGAUAUAAUUCCCAACAUGGUUAUAGCAACAUUUUAUGAUAGUUUGUUUAGUCGAGAGGAAGCGCUGUCUCUCGUUUCGAAGAUUGAGAUACCUCCAUUUUGGUAUAAGUAUAAUUUCUACAAUCGUCGAUUCGCGCAGUGGUUUGGAUUGAUUAAGUCGUUUAUCAUCAAUGGGGGAAACAGAAAUUAUCAGUUUGCUAGCCGGUGGGCAAAGAAGGUAAGACAACAGAUAAGGCACGGGAACCAUAGCUCUCUUGAGUCCGAGAAUCAGGGCAAAGACAACAAAUUUAAAUACACUUCGAUUCCCGUGGUAAAGGAGAUAUGGAACAUGACGGAGACAGGGCUGGGACAGGCGGUCGUGAAUUUCAUGAAGCCUCGUAUAAGGACAAGUUUUUACAUGCAAGUCCCGGUGUCUGAUGGAAUUAGCGCGAAGCAGUUUAAUGGAAGCGGGGUUGAUGCUCACGUGCAGGUAUUGGUGGUGUGCAAUAGCAAACUGUCAUUUAAUAUACCGAAGGAUUGGAUUUUGCACUUGAAGCAUUCGAACAGAGCGUCCGACACCAUGUCUGUGUUGCGCUCGGUUAUCCACAUGCAUUCGUCGGAUACGAAUAAUUCGAAGCCGAUGGAGUUAAGCGAGCUUGCGCACUAUUUUCAGGGCAAUACGGAGCAAGCACCCGAGUCCACAGAUCUGUCUUUAGAUAGCAACUUAGAUCCAAGUGGCGGUCAAGAUCCGUCUGGGGUGAAUUCGGCUGAUACAGAUCAGCAGGGCGGUAUAGACGAGAUUAAGUCUUCGGCAUCGUGGCACUCUGAUAACGAGAAGAUGCAAAACUAUAGAGCGUUGGCCCUCAGGGAUGACACCGUUGGUGGCAAGAGGGGGGGUGCCCACUCUCUUUCAACGAGCAUGAUAGAUAGUGAGAUGCAAUGCAGAGUCAUUGACGUCAUCGUCCAUUUUCACGGUGGCGGUUUCAUUUCAGGUUCUCCAAGUACUCAUGAACGAUAUCUGCGCAUUUUUGCCAAGAAGACGAACGCUGUAGUAUUCUCAGUUCACUAUUCAUUGGCGCCUGAAGCAAAGUAUCCGGUGGCACUCAGCGAGUGCUAUUUUUUCUACCAUUGGAUCACUCAUCCAAACGCACUAAACAUCAAACCACGGAAAAUCAUUUUGGUUGGAGAUUCAGCCGGGGGAAACUUGCUUUUGGGUGUCACUUUCAAGGCCAUUCAAGAUGGUAUUCGAAUUCCGGAUGGAAUUAUACUUGGGUACCCGGCCACUGACCUAACUCAUACGCUUACACCUAGCCGCGUUCUUUUUUCCAACGACGUUUUGAUCCCUUAUUGUUUUUUGGAUCUGUGUCUUUCGGCGUAUGUCGGCGAAAAUCAAGACCCUCGCAACGACUAUUUUUUGUCUCCGCUCUAUGCGCCAGACAAAUACUACGCCAAGCUGCCCUCUAAAAUUCUCGUUAUGGCGGGAUCGUUCGACCCGCUUCUGGACGAUUCCAUACGAUUUUUGAGGCGACUCGAUUUUCUAAACAAAAAAUACACCUUCGAGUUAUACAACGCACCCCAUGGGUUUUGGAAUCUGGACGCUAUCCUCCCUAUCGCGCAAGACGCCAUUCAAAAAGCAUGUGCUCAGCUAUGUUCUAUGCUUCUGUCGGAUUGAGCUCCAUCUCGACUCCCGUGCGCGCGCUGCCCAAUAUAUCCACGGUCCCUGUACACGCACUUCAACCAUA